AAAACAUUUUUAUUACUUUUUGUUUUUCAUACAGUUCUAUAACUAAUUUUUUUUUUUUUUUUUGAGAUGGAAUCUUGCUCUGUCGCCCUGGCUGGAGUACAGAGGAGCUAUCUUGGCUCACUGCAACCUCUGCCUCCUGGGCUCAAACGAUUCUCCUGCCUCAGCCUCCCGAGCAGAUGGGACUACAGGCGAACGCCACCACGCCCAUCUAAUGUUUUGUAUUUUUAGUAGAGAUGGGGUUUCACCAUGUUGGCCAGGCUGGUCUUGAACUCCUGACCUCAGCCAAUCCGCCUACCUCGACCUCCCAAAGCGCUGGGAUUACAGGCGUGAUAUAACUAACAUUUAAUUGAUACAUUCUUGCAGAUCCAAGACAGGUUACUGAGACUUGAAAAAAAAUUCUUAAGUUGCUUUUAGUUUUUUCCAUCUUAACUCACAUGGAGGGAAGUUGGGUUUUGGCACAAGUUUAUUGUAAACUCAUAAACUGAUAAACAAUCAAAAACUGAAGAAAAAAAUAAGGACCACGAUACUUGAAAUUGUAUUUUGAUGGAAGUUAGAUAAGUAAUGUUGUCCUCCAAGAAAGUAUAAAAGUUUACUACAUUUGUAUAGAUACUGUUAGAAAAUAAAUUCACAAAAGACCUGCUAUGAUUUGAUUCACAUCAAAUUACUUUGUUCCUGGUGAUUUCACAAAUAGAUUGAGAAAACUGACAUUUAAUUUCUUGUCUGUGUUUUAUUAGAAUUUUUAAAGCGGAAACAAAAGACUUAACUGUACACUAAGAAAUCUCUGGGUUUUCAUCGUGCCUACAUUAUAUUGCCCUUCCAUACUUAAGCCUUAAGAUAAAAAUCACCUGCCUACCGUCCACCAAAAAGUAAUAUUUUAUUUUUAAUCCAGAAAAUUGGGUGCCCUUGUUGCAUUUGAAAGAUGGCUACACACAAGUAUUGUGUACCAAAAAGAAAUUAUUUUCCAAUAUGGGUUAAUAUUUUUACUAUGGAGAUGAUAAGCUUUAAAAUUUUAAAUGGUAAUUUACCUUUCAAAUUAAAAAUAAAGAAUUAUAUGCAAUUAAAAAAAUACUUGUUUAUGCAUUUGGACACCUCCUGUUUCCACCACCAUGCCUAGGCCAACCUUGAACCUCCAAAUUUGUGGGUGGAACCUUGGUGCCCACUUGGACCCCCAAACUAUCCUCUUCAGGUAAAGGCUCUGUGAGAACCAAGUGCAAGGUGAUGGAUGGGAGACUCAAGGAAUGAGACAGCCAGGGAAAAACUAGGACAGUGAGGUUUCAUUUUCAGACAUAAAAAGAUGUAGAAUCAGUUGAAAAAAGGACCCUGCUCCUCUGCAGAGGCAACCACACUUCUGAAGACCUUAGACCUGGCACGGUGGCUCACGCCUGUAAUCCCAGCAUUUUGGGAGACUGAGGGGGAAGAUCGCUUGACGCCAGGAGUUCAAGGCUCCAGCGAGCUGUGAUUGUGCCACUGCACUCCAGCCUGGGUGACAGAGUGAGACCCUGUCUCGAACAAAACAAAACAAAACAGAACAGAACAAAACAAAACAAAACAAAACAAAAACGAGGUUGGGGGACGACAUUAGAGCCCUCUGAUCUUCUAGUAACUCCCAGGUCAACCUUGGGAGUCGUGUGGCCAUGUGCUAAAGCGUCCUGGGACAACUGUAAGAGCUCUGGGAAUCACUGGCAAAUACAGGUGACAAACCUCAUGGUUUGGCUAGUGUCUAAAUGCAGUCCUUUCCCCUUCUGAAAACCUGUCACAGAGGCAGAAGAAAGGGCAUCUACUGUUGCAACGUUAGUGUCUACUUCCUCCUCCUGUCGUUCAUCACUGAGGUCUAAGGUGACAGGAGCAUUUUCAGCGCCUUCGCCUUGGGGUGCAAACCAGCAGCGCCCAUUACGCAGUUAGGAAUCCGUCUGCAGAUACAAUCAUGGGAAACUUCCCCUUCCAACGGAACCUUGUGAGGCUUCUUUUAUGCGAGGUCCAUCUGAGCAGUUUCUAGGAUUAACAAGUUUUCAUACAGCCUCUGUUAGAACAGCAAGACGCAGUGCGCGGAGAGCUACAUCCCUGUAGCUUGACUCCUGGCUGUGCGACUGCACGGUGACAUCCAAGGCGGCGGAGCCACUGCCAGUACACGCUGGGCUAUGGGGACAGGUUGGGCGUGGCUUUCAGGUCAGCCAGCAGCCAAAAUGGGAAGGGAGGAGUCGCAGACGGAUUGCGCGAAGGCUCUAUCCCACGAAAGGACUGGGUACGACCCAGAACGAAGACGCGGAGCUUCCCUGUUCCAAGCAGCAACAGACUGAGAAAAUCCAAGAAAGGAGGCCCGAAGCGCUGCUGUGGCCCCAUCCUCCUGGCACCCGCGGCCCGGGCUCUGCGACGCCUUUCGCCCCACCUGCGGAAGCAGCGAUGCCUGGCGGAGCCUGCGUGCUGGUGAUCGCGCUGAUGUUCCUGGCCUGGGCGGAAGGUCAGCGAGCUCAGGAGUGCUCUCCUGGGGGACACCAGUUUCUUCGGAGUCCUUAUAGAAGUGUCCAUUUUGACUCAUGGCACCUCCAGCAGUCAGCUGUUCAAGACCUAAUAUGUGACCAUUCCCUCUCCCCUGGAUGGUAUAGAUUUCUCAUCUUUGACAGACCUGCCGAGAUGCCAACCAAAUGUGUUGAGAUGAACCAUUGUGGAACUCAGGCCCCCAUCUGGCUGUCUCUGAGAGAUUCAGAAACACUGCCAUCUCCUGGGGAGAUCAAGCAAUUGACAGCUUGUGCAACAUGGCAGUUUUUGUUCAGCACUACAAAAGACUGCUGUCUCUUUCAAAUCCCAGUGUCUGUAAGAAACUGUGGGAACUUUUUUGUAUACUUACUACAACCAACUCAGGGAUGUAUGGGCUACUGUGCAGAAGCUAUUUCUGAUGCACGAUUAUACCCAUGUGGUUCUGAUGAAACUGAAAUAGGAGGUGAUUGUGUUCGUCAGCUGGCUGCCUCAUUGCCACCUCCACCUGCAGGAAGGCCAAAGGUUCUGGUGGAGUUGAUUGAGUCCAGGCUUUUCUGUAGGUGUUCUUUUGAUGUUCCCGCUACAAAAAACUCAGUGGGAUUUCACAUAGCUUGGUCUAGGCUUUCUUCUCAAGAAGUCAAAGAGGAGCUGACACAAGAGACCACAGUUCAGGCAUUCUCUCUUUUAGAACUUGAUGGCAUAAAUCUCAGACUUGGAGACAAGAUAUUCUGCAGCGCUUCUGUCUUUUUCUUGGAGAAUCCUCAUGUACAAAGUGUAGCCAUCGAAAGCCAAGAAUUUUUUGCAGGCAUUAAGCUACAGCCUGAAUUGAGCACUAUAUCAGAGGAUGGGAAAGAAUACUACCUGAGGAUAGAAAGCACAGUUCCUAUUAUUUGUUCUGAAUUUAUUGAGCUUUAUCAAGAAUGCAAAAUCUCAUUAAAACUGAAAACUAUUGAUCAAGGUAGAGAGCACCUAGGCUUAAAUUUGGCACUGUCUUCCUGUCAUGUGGACCUUCUCCAGACAUCUUCCUGUGCUAAUGGAACCUGUAGCCACACUUUUGUGUACUACACGGCUGUCACAGAUUUUUCUCGAGAUGGAGAUAGAGUUACAAACAUUGUAGUGCAACCAAUAGUUAAUGAGGAUUUCCUGUGGAACAACUACAUUCCAGACAGCAUCCAGAUCAAAGUAAAGGAUGUCCCAACUGCUUACUGCUAUUCAUUUACUGACCCACAUAUAAUUACAUUUGAUGGCAGGGUAUAUGAUAAUUUCAAGACUGGAACAUUUGUGCUUUAUAAGAGUAUGUCACGUGAUUUUGAAGUCCAUGUACGUCAGUGGGACUGCGGAAGCCUUCACCAUCCAGUGUCAUGUAAUUGUGGGUUUGUUGCCCAGGAAGGAGGUGAUAUAGUUACUUUUGAUAUGUGCAAUGGUCAGCUACGUGAAUCACAACCAUAUUUGUUCGUAAAAAGCCAAGAUGUAACCAGGAAUAUCAAGAUAAGUGAAUCUUACUUAGGAAGAAAAGUCACAAUCUGGUUUUCUUCUGGGGCAUUUAUCCGUGCUGAUCUUGGUGAAUGGGGCAUGAGUCUAACCAUCAGAGCCCCUAGUGUAGAUUACAGAAACACUCUGGGACUUUGUGGAACCUUUGAUGAAAAUCCAGAAAAUGAUUUCCAUGACAAAAAUGGGAUGCAAAUUGAUCAAAAUUUUAAAAAUUAUGUUGCUUUUGUUAAUGAAUGGAGGAUUUUACCAGGAAAAAGCAUGUUUGACACACUGCCAGUUUCUAUGACAUCACCUGGAAAGCCAUCCUAUUGCAGCUGUUCAUUGGACACUGCAGCGUAUCCGUCUUCCGAAGAUCUGGACAGUGUUUCUCGAUCAGAAAUUGCCUUGGGUUGCAAAGACCUCAGUCAUGUCAGCUUAUCUUCUUUGAUACCAGAACUAGAUGUCACCUCCGAAUAUAUUAAUUCAGACACUCUUGUCAGAGAGAUGAACAAGCAUACAUCUCCAGAAGAAUAUAAUCUAAAUUUCUUUCUGCAAGAAAAAAAACACAUAAACCUGACUAAACUCGGCUUAAAUGUACAAAAACAUCCUGGAAAUGAGAAACAAGAUUCACUACAAUAUUUGGACAAUAAGAAAUAUACACAAGGCCGGGGAAGCCACAGCCAAGAAAUGAGGUACAAUCGACAAAACAGAUGGAAACGGCAGAACUUUCAUGAGUUUACUCCUUUGUUUGCUUUCCCGAGUCUCAGCCAAACGGAUCUGGAAGAACUUACUUAUUUUUUCCCAGAGGACCAUGCUGAGGAUGUACAGCAAGAGUUUUUCCCCUCUUGGCCCACACCCUCUGGCCUCACCGAAUAUAGCACCUUGACCCUCUGUCAGGAGACUCUAGCCAACUCCAGCAUAGGAAGGCUGUGUCUUGCUUUUCUUGGCAAGAGACUAGACAGUGUUAUAGAUAUGUGUGUGAAGGAUGUUCUGUUAAAAGAUGAUCUUAGUUGGGCAGAAGCUGGUGUGGCCCUUUUAGAAAAUGAAUGUGAAAAGAGGGUUGUGGAGGAGGGGAAAUGUAACACAGAAGAGUAUGGCACAUCAAUUGAAGACAUUCUCUCAGUAUUAAAAUGCCCCAAUUUAUGCAGCGGCAAUGGGCAGUGCAUGGAAUGGGGGUGUGCGUGUUCCCCAAGCUUUAGUUCCUAUGACUGCAGUGAUUCCUAUGACAAAGCUCCUGAAAUUACAGAGCUUGGGAAUGCUGGAUUCUGUGAUGUUCAAAAAUAUAAUUGUAUGAUGGUGAGAGUUUUUGGCAAAGGCUUCAAAGAAUUACCUUCAAUUAAAUGUGAAGUUGCUAAGCUACAGUAUAAUAGCAGUGAAUGGAUGCCUGGAGAACCCAUCUAUACACAGACUGUUUUCCACAAUAGCAGAGCUGUUGAUUGUCAGCUGCCCACUGAUGUUCAGCAGUUAGAUACCAUGGAUCUGGUGGGUGGGAAACCAAUUGGGAAGUGGCAGUUGAAGGUAUCUAAUGAUGGUUAUAAAUUCAGUAAUCCCAAAAUAAUGGUCAUAUAUGAUGGUGCUUGCCAAGUUUGUGGUCUCUAUAAAAAUGACUCAUGUACUAUAAAGGAAAAUGUUUGCAUUAUUGAUGGACUCUGCUAUGUUGAAGGAGACAAAAAUCCAACCAGCCCUUGUUUGAUUUGUAGACCCAAAAUUUCAAGAUUUACUUGGUCAUUUUUAGAAAACAACCAGCCCCCAGUGAUUCAGGCAUUGCAAGACAAAUUACAGACAUUUUAUGGUGAAAACUUUGAAUAUCAGUUCGUGGCCUUCGAUCCAGAAGGUUCUGACAUCCAUUUUACGUUGGACUCUGGUCCUGAAGGGGCAAGUGUUUCCUCUGCAGGGCUUUUUAUGUGGAAAACAGAUUUACUAACUACCCAACAAUUUACUCUACGCCUUAAUGAUGACUGCGAUGCUGAAACUAGAGUCACAGUUGAGGUGACUGUGAAGUCUUGUGAUUGCUUGAAUGGUGGAUCAUGUGUGUCUGACAGGAACUUUUCUCCAGGGAGUGGAGUGUACCUGUGUGUCUGCUUGCCUGGCUUCCAUGGCAGCCUUUGUGAAGUGGACAUUAGUGGGUGCCAAUCCAACCCUUGUGGUCUUGGCAGCUGUAUUAGUGGUUUUCACGGUUAUUCCUGUGAUUGUCCACCUGAGCUCAAAGGCAAAAAUUGCCAGGAAGAUGUUGAUGAGUGUGACUCCAAGCCUUGCUUUGAGGGAGUAGAAUGCCUGAAUACCUUUGGUUCCUAUCAUUGUGGUUCAUGUCCAAAAGGAUUUUAUGGGGAUGGAAAAAUAUGCCAUGUUGAAACACAGUUUUUAAAUAAAUUUACUACACAAGCUGUGGUUCUCACAAGAUCUGAUAAAAGUGUAAAUAGAGAAGAGGAUGAUAAAAAUGCCCAGGGGAGAAAGAGGCAUGUUAAGCCAACAAGUGGAAAUGUCUUCACUAUAAAUUUUCAGCCACCAUCAACAGAAUAUUCACUAAUUAGUACAAGAUUUACUCCUACUCCCGCUACUAUCAAAAAGUUAUUGAGCACAACUAACAACAUCUCCCGCUCAUCACUGAAAUUAAUUACAGCCCAAAUGGAUAAUUCAGUAAAGCCUAUUUCCCAUCAGAUAUCAGAUAUUGAACAUGUGGAUCGUAGUCUCAGUACAAAUCUCAGUCUGGCCAUUUGUAAAUAUCCAUGUGGAAAAAGUAGGGAGUGUGUUGCCCCAAACAUCUGCAAAUGUAAACCUGGUUACAUUGGUUCUAACUGCCAAACUGCUCUUUGUGACCCUGAUUGCAAAAACCAUGGAAAAUGUAUUAAACCUAACAUUUGUCAGUGUCUUCCAGGACAUGGUGGAGCAACCUGUGAUGAAGAACAUUGUAACCCACCUUGUCAACAUGGUGGCACAUGCUUGGCUGGGAAUCUCUGCACUUGUCCUUAUGGUUUUGUAGGACCAAGGUGUGAAACAAUGGUUUGUAACAGGCACUGUGAAAAUGGAGGCCAGUGUCUUACACCAGAUAUUUGCCAGUGCAAACCUGGCUGGUAUGGACCCACCUGUAGUACAGCUUUGUGUGACCCUGUUUGCCUCAAUGGUGGUUCGUGUAAUAAGCCAAAUACUUGCCUCUGUCCAAAUGGAUUCUUUGGGGAACACUGUCAGAAUGCUUUCUGUCACCCUCCCUGUAAGAAUGGUGGCCACUGCAUGAGAAAUAAUGUGUGCGUCUGUCGUGAAGGAUACACUGGUAGGAGAUGCCAAAGAAGCAUCUGUGAUCCUAUGUGCAUGAAUGGAGGAAAAUGUGUGGGACCAAGCACUUGCUCUUGUCCUUCUGGUUGGAGUGGGAAACGAUGCGACACACCUAUCUGCUUGCAGAAAUGUAAAAACGGUGGUGAAUGCAUUGCGCCCAGCAUAUGCCAUUGUCCUUCCUCCUGGGAAGGAGUGCGGUGUCAAAUACCAAUUUGCAACCCAAAAUGUCUUUAUGGAGGCAGAUGCAUAUUUCCCAAUGUGUGUUCCUGCCGCACUGAAUACUCUGGAGUCAAAUGUGAGAAGAAAAUACAGAUAAGACGCCAUUGAGUAGCAUCAAGUAUAUGAAUUACAAGCCUGUAUCUUAAGAAUGGAAAUAUUUUGUUCAGAAAAAGUUGGAGAUAACUUGGAGUUUAUUUGAACAUCAUUCAAAAAAUAUCUUAAAGACUGAAGAAACUAAUAAAAUACAUAAUGAUCUCAGUUGUAAUCAUAGAGAAAAGCAAAGAAGAAAUCCAGGUAAUCUAAAUUUGAUGUUGAGAUGGGAUAGGAUAUUUACAUAUUGAGAUGAUGUAUCUGAUAUUCCACCCAUUCACAAUAUUUAAUAAACUGAAUAUUUUCUCAGCCCUAACUGUGACUAUGUCUGCAUCAUUAGGAGUCAGUCAGCCUAAUGGAAGCCACUUGAUAUCAUCCUAAUAGAUGAUGCUUAAUGCAGAACGAGGGGCUCACAGAAGUAUUUGAAGAAUGGGGAAUGAGGGUUGGGAGCUAGAGGUUAGGAAAGCCACUGCUGAUCAGAGUAGGUAAUAAUGAAGAUGUUAGCCCAAAGCUCCAAGCAGGUUCUUUUCAGAGGCUUUCCCGGAGCUGCUAUAAUACUUGAGAAUCUUUAAAAACUACCACCAACUGUCCCAGGCAAAGUGGAUUAUUCUCAAAAUUUUGCUAGAAAGCCACUAUGAAUUUCAUCUUUCCAAGCAUCAAGCUGCAAACACCUCUGAAAAGACUGAUGGCUUCCUCUUCAUUUCCUUCUUCUGACUCUCCAGCAAAUUUUUCUCAUUGGCAAACUCUGACCCAGAACCACACAGAUAAGUGGAUUCUGAAAAAUGUAAUUCCCAGCCUUACAAAAAGUGGCAGUGGUGUCCUGGGCCCAAAAGUGAGAAAACAAACACCAGAUAUGCUAAAAGGUCUGCAUCUGAUUGCUCUUCCAUCUUUCCAUUUUUUCUGUACCAUGAUCCAUUUUGGUAUAUGAAUCGAGAGAGAUGAUCACAAAACCAAAUCCUUCUACAGAUAUCACAAGAAAAGUGUAUGUGGAUGCUUAAUAAAAACAAAGUUAAAUUACAAUACAUGAAUAGUUAGGGAAGUGGGCAACAACAACAAGGAAUACACAUAUAAUUAAAAGAUUUGCCUCAGAGACCCAAAUAAUUGCAAGUUACCUGGGGUUACAAAGUUUCCUUUUUCCUGCUAUCUCAUAUUUUACCUCAGACAUUUCAUUUGACUUUCAGAAAACAAGUUAUUUUAAUUUGAACACGACCAUCUUAAAUCAUAUACAUUUACAAAGGCUCAUUUUUUUUCUUUUAAGUAGAAAGAUUGAGCAUUCCUAAGCCAUAUCUAACCUGUAAGAUAAAGUAAGACGCAAUCAGAAUAAAAGUAUUGCUACAUAUGCUAAGGACUCUUUAAGUAUUAACAUCCAAUGUCAGAAUUAAAGAGUUUUUAAUUUAUCAUUUUAUAUUUACUAAAAGGUAGUUUUAAUAGAUUACUUAGGAGAACAUAAUAUACACCAAAAAUAAAAUUCAGAGCCUCCCAAACAAUGGAAAGAACUCUUCUCGAGUAAUUGAAUUCCAAAGUAAACCUGAAACAUUGGUUCAGGACAUCAUGGGAAUGGAUGGUUGGACAUGCCUCAUUAUACCCUCAUCCCUUUGGAAUUCAGGCACAACCCAUCAGCAUUAACAUCAAAACAGAGACCUUAAGAAUAACAAAGCAGACUUUUUGUAGCAAUAAGAUAGCAACAUGACAGAUAACAGGCCCUAAAAGACAUUAUUUUACCCUAAAAUAUAUUUUUUGACAUAUUUUGAAAUGU